AUGAGUUGUAGCAGCGAGUGCUGGUGACAGCAGUGGAAUCAUGAUGCUGUCACGAUUAGUGACACAACCGUGCCAAAUGCUUGGAAGAAAUGCGUUAUCAGCGGGGCGUAUUAUGGCGGCAAUAGCUAUGAUGGCUUGUUGGGUGCCCGCAUCUCAUCUGUGCUCAUUAUACUAGUGGUGUCUACAGGAUUCACACCUUUUCUAGUUAUCUCCCUCAAAGUCCCAAGACUUCGAAUACCACAUGAUGUCUGCUAUUUGGCAUGUUACUUUGGUACAGGCGUUAUCGUAGCUACCGCAUUUGUUCACCUACUGGUUCCUGCAUAUGAAGAGAUUGGCAAAAACAGCCGUGUGGGACAAUCUGGGAACUAGACGAUUUAUCCUUGGUGUCCAGCCAUCGUGUUGUGUAUAGUCUUUGUAACGUUCAUCGUGGAUUUAAUUGACGACAUUGCGGUGCAACCUAAACGGUAUAUACCAAAAUGGUUGCAGUGGUGGUUCUAAGCUGUCCUUGCUGCGAGGUCGAGCGAUGGAGUGAACGACCGGUUAGGAAUUGGGGACACGAGUGAUAGUGAAGAACAAAAGGUACAGGAAGUGAUGUCUAACAUGAGUACAGAAAUAAUGACUCACUCGUUUCAAAGUCAGAUAGGCGUUUUGCUUUAUCUAAAAUUCGGGAUCAUAUUCCAUUCGGUGAUGAAUGGGUUAAACCUAGGACCUACUGGUGAGAGAUUCUCAAGGCCAUAUGCUGUAUUGGUGUUCUGUCAACCAUUUUGAGGGAUUAGGUAUCGGGGCUAAAAUGGCGGCCGUAUGCACUGUGUUGGUUAUAUGGGUUGACCACUCCAGUUAGUCUUGCAGUUGGAUUGGGCGUUAGAACGAAAUACGAUGGUAACUCGUUCCCGCUGAUUGUCCCUCCCGGCGUCCUGGGUGCGAUCUCAGUUGAGUAUGCAGGUUUGGAUGCGUUUCGCACGUGAUUUACUUGUUAACAAGUAUGGAACCGCUAACAUGGCCAAAUUGUGGUUCAUGGUAGCAUACACAUUGCUUAGAGGUAUCAUGUCUCUUUUUGGGGAAAUGGCCUAA